GCGCAUGUGCACAAUCUUCCACACGUGGUUCGCGUAAACCACGCACGCAGACGCAAGCAACUCUUCAGAAAUGGCGGCUGUAGGUGGCAGCGCUUCGCUGCAGCUACCGUGCGUCUUUUCACCAAAAUCACGACAGUACCUGGCAGUGUGUGCUCAGGACGGCAGACUUCGAAUUUGGAACACAGACAGUAAAACACUUCACCAAGAAUACGUGCCUUCAGCUCAUUUGAGUGCCACUUGUACAUGCAUACAUUGGGGACCAUGCCGGACAGUCAAGGAGGGGCCUCAGAGGAAGAAGAGGAAAUCCGAGGCAGGGCAGCUGGAGGAGAAGGCAGACCUCUUGGCGAUGGGCACAGCAGCAGGCACAGUGCUGAUUUACAGUACAGCUAGGGGAGCGCUGCACUGCACCUUGGAUGGAGGUCAUAGUAGAGGAGUGAAUUGUGUCCAUUGGCAUCCUGAAGAGAGUUUAUUUUAUAGUGGCUCAGAUGAUACAAAUAUUGUGGAAUGGGACCUGCAGACAGGCAAGACACGGAGUAAAUGGAAGGCAGACCGUGCCGCAGUGACCAGUUUGUGCGUCAGCCCAGAUGGUAAACUGCUGCUUUCUGCUGGACAAAUCAUCAAGAUGUGGGACUUGGGCACAAAAGAGGUUUACAGAAAAUUCACUGGCCACUCCACAGCCGUGACAACCCUGCGCUUUGCCACAACACGGCCCCCUGACACCAACGGCCUCUAUUUUCUGUCUGGUGCCGCUGGCGAUCGACUGCUCAGUGUAUGGCAAGUACGUGAGGAUGGAAAGGACAAGAACUCUGUAGUGUCGUUCACACUCACAGACGAACCUAAACACAUUGAUGUUGUCACAUCUAAAAGCAAGGAAGAGGCGGUACGGCUUGCAGUGGUGUGUAAAGAUGGACAGCUGCAUCUUUUUGAGCACUUCCUAAAUGGUCACUGUAAGAAGCCUCUCUCAGCUUCGUGCACAGUGCAGAUGUCAGACAACCAAGACUCCCCAAUGCCAAUCCCCCUCCUUGCGGCUACCUUGGGUCCUGAUUCACGGACUGUGAUGCUCGCUUACGGCAACUACCUACAGCCUGUAAUGGAGAGAGUGAAUAUUGACACCGCAGAAAGACACGUCUGUUUGAGCCGAAAUAUUCAGACUGCACUGUCCCUUCCCAUUGCAUCCACUGUUUCUAAGGUGAAAACUCCGAUUGUCAAUGACAAGAGCAAAGUUCUGGUCCCAGGGCUUCCUGGUCAUCAAGCUCCAGUUAAGGGAACUUCACUGUCAUCGGAGAAAAGAAAAAAAGACUCAGACACGAAAGAGAUGUCAAUUGCAGAACGGCUUGGCGAAAUUGAUCUACAGUCUGCAGCCUCCACUGUGAAAGGAGCUGCAAAGGGGAUGCCCUCUUUACAGACGGACAAUUUUGCAGUGUUGCUGGUGCAGGGCCUUGAGAGCAGUGACGGCAACAUCUUAAGUAAAGUUUUUCAGACACAUAAAGACAUGGUGAUAAAGAAAACAGUUGCCCGGUUACCCCUGCCAGCUGUUCUACCACUGGUAGAAGAGAUCACCAGAAGGCUCCAAGGUCACCCAUUUACGGCAGUUGUAAUGGUCCGGUGGCUCAAAGCAGUGCUCAUGUACCACACAUCAUACCUGUCAUCGCUGCCUAACCUGGUUUCCCAACUCGGACUGCUUUAUCACCUGAUUGAGAGCAGAGUGAAGAUGUUCCACAAGCUGACCAAGCUACAUGGAAAACUAUACCUCCUUGUUACACAGGUGGCGACAAGCACCAGCAGCAACAAGGUAUCUGAAGUUGACCACACUGCCAAGUUGGUGUAUGAAGAGGAAUCUUCCGAUGAAGAUGAGGCGUCUGGGGAUGAAGGCCUUCCCGAUGAGGACUCUGAUAACUGGGAGGAAGAGGUGGAGGAUCACAAGGAAGAGCAAAUUGACGAGGGUGAGGAGAAUCCCAAGAGCAGGGGAGGUUCUAAAGCCAACAGGGAGGAAGACAUGGAGAAUGGAAAUGAGAGUGAAGAAGAAUGAGAACAAGUCAUACACAAAAUGGACCUGAAAGAGUUAUAUAUGCUUUCAUUUUAUUUUCUUGCCUUUGAUUUUAUUAUAUGAACAAGAUAUGGUUUUACAAAAUCAAGGGAUGUAUUGGAAUUACAGCAGUUUGGCCUCAGCCUCGCCAGCCGUUCUACCAUCGACGGUGAACGUGUGCUCCUGGUCUUUCUCAGGCUGAGGAAGAGACUGAUCCUGAGCCGGAAGGGGGCAACUGAUUCUGUGACAUUAAAAUCAAGGUGCCAGUUGUAGUCUGUGUCCCAGAUCUCAAUGGCCUGAUGAGUUUACAUUUGAAAGGACUGGGGGAAAGAAAAAUCCCCCACCGCCCCACAGGGUAGUCUAUUUCAAAUGUUCUGUCAUCUGUUUAAUAUACAAUAUUCUGCUGUGCAGUAGACUUGUUGGCGCCUUCCAAUUGGUUGACUGACUACUCCAUGUAGACUAAAUUGCACACGAUUUUUGGGGCCGGGAUGUUGUACAGAAUACUACACAUUCCAGAGGUGGACUUGCUAAGUAAGACCAUACAUCGUGUCCCUACACACAAUGUAAAUUUCUAUGUACAGUGAAGUGUUUGUACAAGCUCUUCCCUCUACAACUAUUCCCCUUGAAGUUCUUGGGAUUAAACAAUCUCUUGUAA